AUUACCGGAUAUUACUGGUAUGCCUGAGAAACACCAGCAGACCCUAAUGCCAUUGGCUGGGCAAAUCUUAACCGACUACGAUACUACCAGGCUGGUCCAAAGUAAAGAAAAGGCAGCUUUACGCAUUCGAUACCAAGAAACAGAGAACGCCAUGCCAGCCCACAAGGAGAAAAACUCUGAAGAACGAAACCACAAAAACAUCCAAAAUGAUACUCAAGCUUCUCAAGUCCAGUGGGGAAGAGCAUGGGAGGUAGACUGGUUUUCCUUGGCAAGCAUCCUUUUCCUGCUCAUGUUUGCACCACUUAUCGUGUAUUAUUUCAUAAUGUCCUGUGACCAGUACCAGUGCUCUCUGACUGAUCCGCUCAUUGACUUGCUCAUGGGGAAUAAACAUCUGUCUGACAUCUGGAACAAGACUCCUACACUGACCUACACAGCUGCUGGCAUCUAUACUAUUUGGGUUGCUUUCCAGGUGAUUUUGUAUAUGUUUGUUCCUGACUUCUGCCACAAGUUUCUUCCUGGAUAUGUAGGAGGUGUACAAGAAGGUGCAGUCACUCCUGCUGGUGUAGUAAAUAAGUAUGAAAUUAAUGGACUCCAGGCUUGGAUCAUAACCCAUGUACUUUGGUUUGCCAAUGCCUAUUACUUCCACUGGUUCUCUCCUACCAUCAUUUUUGACAAUUGGAUUCCUCUCCUGUGGUGUGCCAAUAUCCUGGGAUAUGUAGUUUCCACAUUCGCAAUGAUAAAAGGCUACUUUUUCCCUACUAAUGCCAAAGACUGCAAAUUCACUGGCAACUUCUUUUACGACUACAUGAUGGGGAUUGAAUUUAACCCUCGAAUAGGAAAGUGGUUUGAUUUCAAGCUGUUCUUCAAUGGGCGCCCUGGCAUUGUAGCCUGGACUCUGAUUAACCUUUCCUAUGCUGCUAAACAACAGGAGCUGUAUGGUCAAGUAACCAACUCCAUGAUUCUUGUCAAUGUCCUUCAGGGUAUUUAUGUUUUGGACUUCUUCUGGAAUGAAGCUUGGUAUUUGAAAACAAUUGAUAUCUGCCAUGAUCAUUUUGGAUGGUACUUGGGCUGGGGAGACUGUGUUUGGUUGCCUUACCUCUACACUCUGCAGGGUUUAUAUUUGGUUUACCACCCUGUGCAGCUCAGCACAGCCAGUGCCAUAGGGGUCUUGAUGUUGGGCUUGAUUGGCUAUUAUAUCUUCAGAAUGACGAACCACCAGAAAGAUCUCUUCCGUCGUACAAAUGGCAACUGCAGGAUAUGGGGGAAGAAGCCAGAAUACAUUGAGUGCUCCUACAUGUCUGUGGAUGGGACCAAGUACUACAGCAAGCUGAUGAUCUCAGGAUUUUGGGGCUGGGCACGCCAUUUUAACUACACGGGAGAUUUGAUGGGCUCCCUGGCCUACUGUCUGGCUUGUGGGUUUGAACACAUCUUGCCGUAUUUCUACAUCAUUUAUAUGACUAUUCUGUUGACUCACCGUUGCAUUAGGGAUGAACACCGUUGUUUCAGCAAAUAUGGGAAGGACUGGAAGCUCUACACUGCUGCAGUGCCUUACCGGCUUAUACCAGGAGUAUUUUAAGGCUAACACAGAAUCUGGGGAAGCAAAAAAUUUUUGAGACAAAAAGAGUCGAUCCGUACAGUUAAACUAACAAAAAUUAUUUUGGGAAGGAUGCUUAAUAAUGCUUGGGAAAAGAAAAGGUGUCUGGAGAAUAAUCCUUGAUGUAAUGAAGGAACAUGCUUCUAGUAAGCAGGCAGACUUUAAAGUAAAUGAAAUAAGGCACUGAAAUGGCCUUUUUAGAUAUAUUUGUAUUAAAAAAAGACUUUCACCUGGAACUGUUUUUUUAUUUUUUCUUUCUUUAAAUUAACUUGGACUUGAAGAGAAGUUGCAUGUACUGAAUGCAUUGCAUUCCUGAAAUCUCUCCAGUGCUGGGAGGAGGCCUUACCCUUCAGAGCACCAAGGUUUUUGGAACCAGCUGCCAAUGAAUUAGGAGAGGAGGAAAAGAACUGUGUGUUCAGUUUAUGAAAGAAAUUUUAUGAUGCGGUUGCUUGUGACAGUCAUAACCUGUAAUUACUAAUUCCCUGAAGGAGGCUUUAUUACUCAUUGAUUUUUAAGAGUUGAACCUGGGAAAUACUGAGGCUUAUCAUAAGCUGUUUUUUUUGGAAGACUGGUAUACUUUGAUUCACAAAUAUUUGUGAGAGCUGGUAUAAAUUGGUAUAGCUGCAUUAAUUGCAGUAGGCUAAUUACAUUAGUCUACAGCACCAGACAAACAUGGUCCAUGACCAGCUGGGUAUUGUCUUGAUACUGAAACCAAACUUUCUUGAUUAAGAUACUAAUCAUACAUUGACUACUUUAGUGUGGGUAGAAAACUUUCUGUCAUUUUUGCCUAAAAUAACAUUUGUAAUAGUUUAAGAAAUAAAUGUGUGGUUUCAAUUAAAAAAAAAAAAAAAAA